UUGGCUGAACGUCGUACACAGCGAUUGGCGGAGAGGGAAGCUGGGUUCGGCUAGGUGUGGCGGGGAGACGGUUUGAAGGUGACUCCGCCCAGUUUCCGGCUGUGUGUUUCUCAUCCGUUGCUGUGCUGUGUUCCCGUUGCCAGGACUUCUUCCGGGUAGGAGCUGAUCCACACCGGUGAGUUGCAUGAAAAGCUAUGGAAAGUGUAGGAUUCCAACCACCGGGCAGGAUGGCAACAGCAGUACAUCCAGUUGGCAGUUCUUACACAGACUGGCAGACUCCUCAGAUAUCGGGAAAAGCUAUAAGUCGGAUGGCAUUUCUUCAUGGGGUCAGAAAAGGGGGCAUUCCUGGCAAUGAAAAUGUAGAUGAAUUCUGCAAUGCCGGUACCACCUUCCAGCCAAUAAAAAGCCAGGUUACCAUCCCCACAGCUCAUGUUUUGCCUUCUACAUUGGCAGUGUCCUCCAGUAAUACACAUAUACAGGACAGAGCCCCGCUUUCCACAGAAGCUGAUUUCCCAACGCUGCCUACGUUGGACCCUUCCACAGCAGAUGACACGAGAAGGUUUGAAAUGCCCAAUAUUGAACCUACACUGAACCAGUCAGGUCUAUUGAACACUUUCUACAGUGAUAAUAAACGUGAAAUCCCUGCGCCUAGCACAAUGGUUACGCAUUACAACGCUCUACCCGAAAGCAAAGAGACUGGAGGCGUUGAACGCACCAGCAGAGCUGGGUUCUCGGGGGGCACACAUCAAGGAUGGGGGAUGGAUUCAUUAAAGCAGCAUCCUGUGAGUGAAUACAGUGCUUGGAGACAGCAACAAAACCAAUACUCGGAGAAUCUAAGAAUAAACAUGGAAAAACUACAGAUCAUGAGAGAUUACUCCACAAAGUUGAUACAUCCUGCAGCAAUGCACCAGAAUGCCAAUGAUUGGGAGAGAGUUAUGCAGGCCAACGAAAGUAAUUUGCUGGAAAAACAGAUGAUGUUGGAAAGGCAGAGGCAGCAUAUCUCUCAGCUUGAACAGAGAGUAAGAGAGAGUGAGAUGAAAACACACAGUGCACUUUUAGGCCAAACCAGUUCCUACAAUGAUAUGUACCUGAUCAGGUUGCAGGACCUUCAACGGGAAGUUACUUUCUUGAGAGCCCAAUUUGCAGAGAAGACAGAGUCUUCUAGCCGUGAGAAGGCAGAGUUGGAGAAGAAACUGUGCGCCGUGGAGACUGAGAAUAAAGAUAUGAGAGAGGCUAUAAAGGAGGCAGCCCUAAAGCAUUCUGAUGAAUUGAAAAGACAAGAGGAGCGAGUGAAAGGAAGAGAGCGGCAUAUUAAUUCUCUGAAAAAAAAGUGUCAAAAAGAGGCAGAACAGAACAAGGAAAAGCAGCAGAAGAUUGAGUCCUUGGAGAGAUACCUGGCUGAUCUUCCUACUGUACAGGACUACCAGAAACAACUACAUCAGAUGAAGGAACUCCAAGAGAAGAAUUGCCUUAUGCAGGAGCAAAUGGGUGACCUAGAAAGAAAGCUGGCAGAAGCUAGAGCAACCUGUAGGGAGAAUGAAGCGAAGCUUGCAGCUGAGAAUUUCAAAGUACAGGAGCAUCUGCAUACUAUUGAAAGUUUACAGAAGGAACUAAAAAAGCUGGAAACCACGGACUGGAAGGUGGAAGAAAAGAGAUUAUUACAGGAGGCAGAGGAUUUAAGACGGGAAAUAACAUUUCAUGAAAAAGAGCAGGAAGGCUUAAGAAAGGUGAUGGAAAGCCAAAAGAAAAAGCUGGAGCAGAUGUGCAAUAAAGCAAAGGAACUGGAAGAGCAGGUCGGUCAUGAAGAGGGCAUGGGUCAGGCCUUAAAAGAAGCAGAACAGCUUCUUUGCACUGAGAUUCAACAGCUGAAGGCUGCAAUGAAAGAGAUGGCAAUACAAAACCAGGACCUAAUGGAGCGCAAUGUAACCCUGCAAGAGCAGAUGCGACUGGCGUGUGUAGAGGGACAGCCUGUACAGAUGGAGGCUAAUCAACUUCUCAAGCUUUUCAAAGAGAUGACUCGCUGUCAAAAGGACCUACGAUCUAUCUGCAUUCUGCUAAGCCAAAGAAUGCAGGGCUCAGACCCCAACCUGUCCAUGCUACUAGGAGUACACUCAACAUCAAUUGUAGAAGACCAAGAAGAACCAUCAGAUUUACUGUCUUUUGAAAGGUAUCAGAAUGGAAUAGACCAUCUUAAAAAGGACAUUGAGGAUUUACGUACUACCAUAAGUGAUUGUUAUGCCCAGGACAUGGGAGAUAACUGUGUUACACAGUGAAACUGGCCUGUAUCACCAUGCCUGCUUCGCAUGGUUAUGGCUUUUCUAGGAUGAAGAGGACUCCAAUUAUUGGAAUUAAAAGCAGGCAACGUAAAUCCUUAUCCUGGACAUUAAGAAACAAGUUUAAAUGGAAAGGCCUACAUUGCACACUACUGACUUGGUUAUUGAAAGAAUUCUGACAUCACGGUUGGACCUGGAAUCUGUGUUUUUUUGUAUGUAAAACAGUGUUUUGGUUGUUUUAGAUAUAUUUUUAUUUAAUAAACUAUUUCAUGCA